CCCCGCGCAGUGGUGGCUAGCCCUUCCCAAGUGUGCAGUUGUCUCCUCCCUGUCCAGCCCCGCGGCGGUCGUCCCGCGCCCAGCUGGGCUACAAGUGGCCGAGUGCUGCAGCCCUGCGCAGCGCGCUCUGCACACAGGCGUCUUGGCUUGCGGCUCCGCGGGCCCUACGAAGUUGAGCAGCUAGCUGCUCAGCCUGUGGCAUCUCCCGCGGGUCCCCAGCUCCCUGCCUCUCUCUCUCUCUCUCCCCCUUCCCUCGGAGCAGCGGGUCCUAGUGAGCCAGCAGUCCUCUCAGGGGCUUCCUGCCUGAAGUGUGCAACUAUGCUGCUAGGGGGAAUCCUGCUGGUAGUGCAAGCCUUACAGCUUGCCAGUGCCCUGGACCUGCCCGCUGGCUCCUGUGCCUUUGAAGAGGGCACUUGUGGCUUUGACUCGGUGUUUGCAUUUCUGCCUUGGAUUCUAAAUGAGGAAGGCCAUUACGUUUAUGUGGACACCUCUUUUGCCAAGCAAGGGGAGAAAGCCGUGCUGCUGAGCUCUGAUUUGCAGGCUGAGGAAUGGAACUGUCUUCGCCUGGUCUACCAGAUAACCACACCUCCGGGAGCCGUCUCGGAUCCCAGCCAGCUGAACCUCUAUGUGAGAUUUGAGGAUGAAAGUUUUGAUCGCUUGCUUUGGUCCACUAAGGAGCCUUCAGACAGCUGGCUCAUAGCCAGUCUGGAUCUUCAAAACAGCUCCAAGAAAUUCAAGAUUUUGAUCGAAGGUGUCCUGGGACAAGGAAACACGGCCAGCAUUGCCCUCUUUGAAAUCAAGAUGACAGCCGGCUACUGUAUUGAAUGUGACUUUGAAGAAAAUCAUCUGUGUGGCUUUGUGAACCGCUGGAACCCCAACGUGAACUGGUUUGUUGGAGGAGGAACUGUGAAGAACACCCACUCCAUCCUCCCAGAGGAUCACACGUUCAGGAGCGAGCAGGGCCAUUAUAUGUACGUGGACUCUGUUUACGUCAAGCACUUCCAGGAGGUGGCCCAGCUCAUCUCCCCGGUGACCACAGCCCCCAUGUCUGGCUGCCUCUCGUUCUAUUACCAGCUCCAGCAAGGGAACGACAAUGUCUUCUCUCUGUACACUCGGGAUAUGGCUGGCCUGUAUGAGGAGAUCUGGAAAGUGGACGGGCCAGGCAAUGCCGCCUGGAACCUUGCAGAGGUGGAGUUCAGUGCUCCUUAUCCCAUGGAGGUUAUUUUUGAAGUUGCUUUCAAUGGUCCCAAAGGAGGCUAUGUUGCCCUGGAUGAUAUUUCUUUCUCUCCUGUUCACUGCCAAAAUCAGACAGGGCUUCCUUUCAGCGCUGUGGACAGCAGCUGUGAUUUUGAGGAAGGCCUCUGCAACUUUCAUCAAGACAAAGAAGGUCCCGGUUGGACCAGGGUGAGAGUGAAACUGAACAUGUAUCGGGCAGGGGACCACACGACAGGAACUGGGCAUUACCUGCUGGCCAACACUAAGUUUACAUCCCAGCCUGGUUACAUUGGGAGGCUUUACGGUCCCUCCUUACCAGGAAACAUGCAGUACUGUGUGCGCUUUCAUUAUGCCAUCUUUGGGUUUUUGAAAAUGAGCGACACCCUGGCGGUUUAUAUCUUUGAAGAAAACCACGUGGUUCAAGAGAAGAUCUGGUCUGUGCUCGAGUCCCCGAGGGGUGUUUGGAUGCAAGCUGAAAUCAGCUUUAAGAAGCCCAUGCCCACAAAGGUGGUUUUCAUGAGCCUAUGCAAAAGCUUUUGGGACUGUGGACUUGUGGCCUUAGAUGACAUUACCAUACAAUUGGGAAACUGCCGGGCUCCAGAGAGACUUCCACCUCCACCUGGAGAGUGCACUUUCGAUCAAGAUGAAUGUGCGUUUACACAGGAAAAAAGAAACCGGAGCAGCUGGCACAGGGGGAGAGGAGAAACCCCCACCUCUUACACAGGACCCAAGGGAGAUCACACUACUGGGGUAGGCUACUACAUGUAUAUCGAGGCCUCCCACAUGGUGUAUGGACAAAAAGCACACCUCUUGUCCUGGCCCCUGAGAGGGGUCCCUGGGAAACACUGCUUGACUUUCUUCUACCACAUGUAUGGAGCAGGAACUGGCCUGCUGAGCGUUUUUUUGAAAACGGAAGAAGAGAGCAAAGAGUCCCUGUUGUGGAGAAGACAAGGGGAGCAGAGCAUCUCCUGGCUGCGGGCGCUGGUUGAAUACAGCUGCAGGCGGCAACACCAGAUAAUUUUUGAAGCCAUUCGGGGAAUGUCAAUAAGAAGUGAUAUUGCCAUUGAUGAUGUUAAAUUUCAGGCAGGACCAUGUACAGAAAUGGAAGACACAACUCAACAAUCAUCAGGAUAUUCUGAAGACUUAAAUGAAAUUGAGUAUUAAGAAUUACCUACAUUGGAUUAAGUAGACAAAAUUUGUACCUCUCUUCAAUCAAAGUGAAAACAGAAGAAAUGAAUACUGGAUAUUCUUAACUAUUGCAUAAGUUGAAAUGACUUCAGAACACCCCUUUCAUUACUUUUGAAAACUAUAUAUAUAUAUUGACUCAGGGCUUUCCUUUAUUAUUCCCCUGCACAUUUGACAACUGUUACUAGAAGUACAGGCUACUGGUUUUACAUAGAUCAUUUCAUCUUAAUGUUGGUGCCAGUUGAAAAUACAAACGUACUAUGUUAAAGUCAUUUCAAAGUGCACAUAUGAAGGGCACAAUCAAAGUGAAUGUGCAUAUUUAAGUCUGCAUUCAGUGAAUGUAUUGGGAGACUAGGUCUUGGUGGUUUUUCCUUUGAGUUUCAAGUAUGAAAAUUUGUCUUAAAUCAUGCAAGGUGUCAGUAAUAUCUGCAAAAUGAAUGCAGUUUUUAUGGUAACAAGUUAUUCUGGAAAUAAAGCAUCAUUUAUGGAUUUUAGUCACAGAAGAAAGCUAUAAAUCUUUUACUGUUUCACUAUAGGUACAGGAAAGGAGCUUUCAUGGAGCCCCAGGGUAAGUCCAUACUAAUUAGCACUGCAGUACAAGACAAUGCUACCUGCUUUCUUCUCCCUUUGAACUACCUUGGACAGGCACUAUGAGCACAUGGACAGAAAUGCACCUUUCAGUAAGGCAAGCUUGAAUUUUUCACGUACACACACCCAACAAUUUUCAUAAACUUAUUCAACAAUUUGACUGAUUUUUAUAAUAGAUGUUUUGGUGACGUUUUGAGUAAUAUGAGUUCAAGUACAUUUACUAAACUAUUGUUUUCUAGUUACUUAGAGAAUUGUAUAUAUGUGUGCAAUUGUGUGGCCAAGUAGCUGUUGUAAAACUUCAAAAUUAACUAAUAAAAGAUCAUUUGAAACUCCUUUCAUUAGCAAUUAACUCAUUUCUACAUUAUUUGUCUUUAUCAGAACAUAUUUAUUAUAUAAUUGUAAAUUCUAAUUUGAAUCUCUAUUCUGCCAUAAUUGUCUUA